UAACAUUGAAUAGGCACGCCACUUUCCUUUGCGACUACUACUACUACAUGUAAACAUCUAAAUACGCUAUCUAAACAUCUUACUAAACUACGAAAAAUUGAUAAAAGAACAACAUUAUAUAUUAAUGUUUGACCACCUGUUUAUUUCAUACAAAAAUACAAUGUAUGUAAGUGCUAUAUCGCCUGCAAUAAACUACAUCCAACUUUACAGGCAAAUAUGUACAGCGUCUUCUGCAUAGGGCUAAUAAGUACAGACACGGGCAGUGGUAACAGCUUCUAUAUCAAUGGAAAUCCGCCAGUAUAUUUCUGCACUGAAAAUAACCGACUGCAUUUAAUUUGAACUGUAUGUAUCACAGGUACAACACCUGUGUAUAAUAAUAUACAACGAGUUGCUAGCUGAAUAUCGACUCAAUGUAACGAGAGCUAGUUCGAUAUCUAGAAAUAGUUGUCUACUACAUAUAUGCAUUUGCCAUUAAUUACUUGAUAAAAAUAUAUACAGUUAAAAUUCACAUCCAACUUAGUAGAACAUAAAUGUGUUAUCAUGCAAGCCAUACCACUGAAUACGAAGCAAUUUUAAAUGGAAUGCGUGAUGUGUGUGUGCAAGUGUGUGCGCGUGCGUGAGUGAAUGCGUGAGUGAAUGCGUGAGAGUGAGUGUGUGACAGAGUGCAUGUGCAUGCUGCUACUUGUGUGUCCUGCAAUCCUUAGUUAGAAAUACUACCUCCGAUAUGGUACUACACCGCAACUUCCUCACCCAGUCAUGGUCAGUCGAUAAAAUUCCAACAACAGUAAUUUCUUUCCCAUAAUAUUAUAGUGUAAGGUAAAUUUUCUACCAAUGUAAAGAAAACCCACAUUUAAAAUGUUUGCGAGAUCUCAUCCAGACUUUAGUGAGACAGUGGGUGUAUUAUUUCAGGGUUAGUGUCUCAGUCAAGUCGUAUGUGGCGAUAGCAAAAUACAAAUAUUUGAUCGCCAAUUUCGUUUACGCCCUAUGUCAUUUACUUUAGGUAGAACUUGUACUAUGAGUAAGGUCAUAUACACAACGUCUAUACAAAACACACAUUAGUAUUUUAUAACCGUUUCACCUAUCACCCAUUCACCUAACAACAGUACUGCUGAGCACAACAAGAGUCACACUGUGCACAAGAGUUCUUACACACAUCAUUCCACGCUGGUACAUUUAACAAUGGCUACUAUGCAUUAAUUACCGAAAUAUCGCUGCCAUCAAUAUUGGUCAUCAUUAUCCGAUCCAUGACAGGAACAUUCCAAGGACAAUAUACUUCCCCAGCUGUAAUUCAUUCAAGCUCACAAUCUAUAUACCGAGUCUUUUCUCCCACACAAUAAUUACGCACAGUAUUUUUUGCCAGCUGUGGAAAGCUAGAUUGUGGAGAGAUUGUUUAACACGUAACCUACUGCUUACAUGAACCGUGCACCGUGGCAAAUCUCAUUCAUAUUAAUAAGUACAGCUGGUUUGUCCACCCGAUGUAUUGCCAUGACCGAUGUGAGAAGCAACGGCAUGUCACGCACUCGUAGCAUGCUACAUCAUGGCACGCACUCGGAACAUGCUACAUCAUGGCACGCACUCGGAACAUGCUACAUCAUGGCACGCACUCGGAACAUGCUACAUCAUGGCAUGCACUCGGAACAUGCUACACCGUAUGAUUACCUGGCACAUAUAACAAUGACAAACAUCGUUACAUAUUGGCUGUUACACAGUUAGCAACGAAUAACAUUAAACGUGAUACAUCACUUGCCCGUGUCACAUGGCCAAAUCAAGUUUAGGUAGACCGUAGACAUUAGCCUCCUCACGCCUUAGGCACGACAUUUCAAUGACGAUUCUGGUCUGUUACGUACGGCUAUAUACGGAUGAAAGAAACGGUCAGUGACGAGAUGCAAAUUUAUAUCCUAGGCCAAAUUUUUGUUAUGCAGAACUAAAUAAAUUUCAAGAUGCUCAUGACCAUGUUGCUAUUCAAUGAUACACGGGGUGCUAACCAUGUCAAAUAGCCUUUCGGAGAUUCAAGUUUUGAUAAAGACUCAUGUAACCUAGUACAUUAAAAUUAUACACUCCAAAACAAUUAAAUCCACUGAAACCGUAAAUUUCAAGUUUUAAUAAACUAGUCGAACUACUAAAUAGUUAUUAGGAACGAUUCCAGUUUAAAAAUGUAGUAAAAACUAGACCAAAUCAAACGAAUUGCUAGAUAUAAAUGCCCUGCCUCCGAAAGUUCAACCACUUCUCGUCCACCACUCUCAAACAACUUAACAGAUAUAUUGUGCAAGAGUAGGAAUAUGUGAAUGCACGCAAACAUGAAUUUCACCUAAACCGAUAGUACGAUAUAUCAAUUUAAACUCCAAAUGGCAGCACCAGACAAACAAACAUAGGUAACCCUCUCACUACUGCUGCAUUCAUUUCUUCUUCUUUGUCGUAGUCGAAGAAGUUAAGUGAACGCAGUGUUCAUUUAACGUGUUACGACAAAUCAACUGUACAGAAGAAUAUAGUCUUUCAGGUUUUCCCAUAACUUGCGUUCUGCCACUAUACUCACACAAACCAAUAUAUUCAGCUUUCCACAGUGAAUGCACACCGCUGAAUUGUACAAAUGCACCAUUCUCAACACCCACCACUAAGAAAACGCAUUUCUAAAUGUACGACUAUAUUUCUUGCUUCUUAGAUUUACACAGCAAGUGUGUGUCGGAAAUCAUGAAGUAGUGACAACAGGCACACAUGCCGAGAGCUCGCUGCUGCCCUAAUUAUACAACUCUUGAAUCAACACGUGAUGUGAUAACAUACGUAGUCGGCCCCAACAGACCAGCACUUACGGAAUUACAACAUUCAGCUGCAUCUAACAAAUUCUAGCCGCAAAGCUUUGUACAUGCACAUAAAUUGUAUGAUAUCACUGGUAUUGAAAAACGCAGAAACAGGACAUCCUAGCUUUCAAUUUAGAAGCAAUCUACCUACGCGCAGCCGCCACACCUGCUGCCAACAAGCGAACGUCCUCACGUCUCUGCGAUGCAAUCUACCCCACGGUGACGUCACCGCCUACGCCGAGGCUGUAACGCACGAGUGUCUUCGGCACGUGGGCAGCCGGUUAGUGCUCACACGGACGUGCGUGGUGCCACAGGUCAGCGCUCACACAGACGUGCGUGGCACCGGUCAGCGCUCACACAGACGUGCGUGGCACCGGUCAGCGCUCACACGGACGUGCGUGGUGCCACAGGUCAGUGCUCGCACGGACGUGUGUGGUGCCACAGGUCAGCGCUCACACGGACGUGCGUGGUGCCACCGAUCAGCGCUCACACAGACGUGCGUGGUGCCACCAGUCAGCGCUCACACGGACGUGUGUGGUGCCAUAGGUCAGCGCUCACACGGACGUGCGUGGUGCCACAGGUCAGCGCUCACACGGACGCGCGUGGUGCCACAGGUCAGCGCUCACACGGACGUGCGUGGUGCCACCGGUCAGCGCUCACACGGACGUGCGUGGUGCCACAGGUCAGCGCUCACACGGACGUGCGUGGUGCCACCGGUCAGCGCUCGCACGGACGUGUGUGGUGCCACAGGUCAGUGCUCACACGGACGUGUGUGGUGGCACCGGUCAGCGCUCACACGGACGUGUGUGGUGCCACAGGUCAGCGCUCACACGGACGUGCGUGGUGCCGGUCAGCGCUCACACGGACGUGCGUGGUGCCGGUCAGCGCUCACACGGACGUGCGUGGUGCCACAGGUCAGCGCUCACACGGACGUGCAUGGUGCCAUCGGUCAGCGCUUGCACAGACGUGCGUGGUGCCACAGGUCAGUGCUCGCAAGGACGUGUGUGGUGCCACAGGUCAGCGCUCACACAGACGUGUGGCACCACCGAUCAGCGCUCACACAGACGUGCACGACACCGGUCAGCGCUCACACAGACGUGCAUAGCACCGAUCAGCGCUCACACGGACGUGCGUGGUGCCACCGGUCAACGCUCACACGGACGUGCGUGGUGCCACCGGUCAACGCUCACACGGACGUGCGUGGUGCCACCGGUCAACGCUCACACGGACGUGCGUGGUGCCCCCGGUCAGCGCUCACACGGACGUGCGUGGUUUCUUCACGUCGCCGUCGUCCGGCGGCGCGGCGCCGUCCACGCUCAGCGCACGCUUCAGCAUCGCCGGCUUGAAGGUCACCUCGUCGUCCUCCUCGUCGGAGCUGUUCGGCCGCAGUGUCGCGCUGACCCCAACCUCCGACCCCGCCAGUGGUGGCGGCACACCGAUCCCGUCAGCGGG